AUGGCCUUCAGCGAUGGGCUCUCAGGCUUGCCCACCAAUGCCGUCACCUUGUCGCUGAGCUUUGCCGUCCUCUAUCUAUUGUUCACAUUUGCCUCAGCUGUGCACGUCUACUUUGGUCCAUUAUCCAAGUUUCCUGGUCCGAAAUAUCGCGCAUUUAGCAGGAUUCCGCGCAUAUUAUGCAUGAUCCGUGGGGAUGAAGCCACGGUCAUUCCAGAGUUGCACAGGCGGUACGGCCCAGUCGUGCGAAUUGCGCCCAAUGAGUUGUCUUUCAGAGGAGACGCGCAGGCUUUCAAAGAUAUCCAUGGCUUCAAAAAAGCAGGCCAGAACCACGUUUUCAAGGACAAAUUCUUCUAUGGAAAGCCUUUCAAUGGAGUUGACAGUCUCAUCACGGCCGACGAUGCGAACCACUCUCGACAGCGAAAGCUGGUAGCUCAUGCAUUCGCGGACAAGAGCCUCAAAGAUCUCGAGCCAAUGCUGAAAACGUGGUCUGGCACCAUGCAGCGUAAAUUGGCUGAGCAAGCUGGAAAGCCUGUCGACAUGCUGAAAUACUACAACUGCACCACCUUCGACAUCAUGGGAGACCUGAGCUUCAAUGAGGGUCUCAAUAUGCUUGAGGAUGGCGAAUACUCGAGCUGGGUCCAAGCUAUCUUCCUUGGAAUAAAGAAUACGAGCCAGUUGCGAGCCUUGAAGAUGUCCAGCUCAUUUGGAAAAUACAUCGUAGACAAAUGGUUUUUCCAAAGUCAGUUCUUUCGAAGAAAGCAAGCUGAGCACUGGAAUUACUCGAAGGACAGAGUCGACCGCCGUCUCAAAAUGUCUCCACCGGAACGUCCAGACCUGUGGAGCAAGAUUUUGGAGAAGGCAUCGGGCCCCGAUGGCUUGACAAUUGAGGAACACCGGUCGCUGGCAUCCCUCUUCAUGAUCGCUGGAACUGAAACUACUGCUACGGCCCUCUCCGGCGUGACCUAUUACUUAUUGCGCAACCCCCAGUACAUGAAGAAGUUGACCACUGAGAUUCGAGAAGCUCACGCAAGCUACGAUGAUAUCACUCUGGAGUCGAUUCAGAAACUGAAGUACCUCCACGCCGUCUUGCAAGAAGGAUUGAGGAUGUAUCCGCCAGUCCCGUCAACCUUGUCUCGAAUGACACCUUCCGGAGGGGUAACGAUAUGCGGGCAAUUCGUUCCGGAGAAUACUUCACUCGGUAUCCACCACUUGUCAACAUAUCGCAGUGAAGAUAACUUCAAGAACCCGUACAAGUUUGCUCCCGAAAGAUUUCUGGGAGACCCAGAGUAUGCCAACGACAACCUGUCCGCCCUGGAGCCCUUCUCCACAGGUCCGCGCAACUGUGUUGGCAAGAAUCUAGCAUGGCACGAAAUGCGACUAUUGUUGUGUACAACACUGCUGCAUUUCGACUUGGAGCUAUGCGAAGAAUCAAGCAAUUGGCCUGAUCAGAAGAUCCACAUCUUGUGGGAGAAGAAGCCAUUGUGGUGUAAACUCACUGAAAUGAAGACGUAA